AUGCGUGCGAGAUAUAAUCUUGCAUUCUCAGGCGUCAACCACCUUCUUCGUCAACGCCGGGAUUAUUGGUUGGACGGCAACCGAAAACCAAAACCUCUUUGGUACCUCUGGUACGAGAAUAUACGAUUCGAAGCCACCAACCCCCGGGACAAGGUGUACGGUGCACUUGGUAUGACAUCUGCACACCUGGCUGCAAAUUACACUGUCGACUGCCGAAAAUCCGUAGCACAGAUCUACCUUGAUGUCACAGUCAGUGUCUUAUCCUCAAAUCCCUACAUGUUCAUUGAUAUGUUAUAUGGCCUUCCCGUCUUGUCAACCAGGGACAAGUUCGAUCACGAUUCCCCAUCCUGGGCACUCGACUUUUCGUGUACGCAAGAAGGAUGGGCACAAGGCAUGCGCGAACACAUCUGGCGUGAUGCGUGGAAACGUGCAAUACCUCGGAACCUAACAACUCAGCUCAAAGUCAAAGAUCGCGACCUCGUGGUUGGGGCGUCAGUUGUAGAUGAAAUUGCACAUGUAAUCCGGUGUCCUAGAUCGGCGACAGCAUUCGAGGCGCUUGCUGACACGUUAACUCUAUCUCGACUGGCAGAAAUACAAAACUUGACAGAAGUUGAGUUUGUAUCCUUCAUACUCAAAUCGCAAAAACUUUACCAAUCUGGCUUGGCAGCUUCUGAACUGUGGACGUAG